AUGAGCGACGCGAGUUACAAGACUUGGAAGGUGCCUGAGCUCAAGGCUGAGCUGACCAAGCUGGGACUCGCUGCGACGGGAUUGAAGGCCGAGCUGGUCGAUCGCUUGGAAGCGCACCACGCUGCUGCUGCUGCUGCUGCUGCUGCUGCUGCUGAUACUGCUACUCCGGCUGCGACGGGUGCUGCCACUCCGGCGACGACGGCCGCUGCUGCUGCUGCUGCUCCAGUGGCGACGACGACGAUCGCGGCUGUUGCUGCUUCUUCGCCCUCCGUCGCGCCAAUUGCCAGCCAGUCAUCCGCCACCCAGUCGACUGCCGCCAGCGCUGCGCAGCCAGAUAGCACUGAGGCAUCGGACCUGGAGCGAAAGCUGGCCAGAGCCAAGCGAUUCGGCUUGGAAGUAUCUACAGAAACCAAAUUGGCCAUGCGUGCCGCAAAAUUCGGAGCUCCGGUCGCACCUUCUCCGGUUGGCGCCAACAAAGCUUCUGGCAAAGCUGCCUCCUCUAAACGUUCAAACGUUGCUGCUCAAGCGAUUCAAGCUGCAGCGGCUGCAUCUGCAGCGGCCGGAACCUCACCACAGGAUCUUGCCAACCGCGCCGCACGAUUUGGCACCAUCUCUCCUUUGUUGGCAAAACAGGAAGAAGAGGCGAAGCGCGAAAGCAGGAAGCAACGAUUUGCUAGUGGCGACUCCGAAACCGAGGCGAAAAAGCAGAGCCGUUUAGAGCGUUUUGCCAAGUGAAUGCUUCAGUUUUACAUUUAUACAGUCUCUCGCAAAACCCCA